AUGGCUGAGAAGCAGGAACAACCUCCAGUAGCCCAGAAUGGUGAAAAGGCUGAAAAUGCAGAAAAUGCAGAGGAAUCCGCAGAGGGGGAAAAGCCAAAGGAACUGGAGGAAUUGCCACCCUUUGAAAUUGUCACAGGGGAACGGCUUCCAGCCUGCUUUUUCAAUUUCCAGUUCAAGAAUGUUGAAUACAGUUCAGGAAGAAACAAGACCUUCCUAUGCUACAUCAUAGAGAUUCAGGGCAAGGAGUCUAAAAUCUUAAGGGGCUACCUGGAAGAUGAACAUGCAGCAGCCCACGCAGAAGAUGCCUUCUUCAAUACCAUCUUGCCCAAGUGUGAGUCUGGCUUGCGCUACAGUGUCACCUGGUACGCCAGUUGUAGCCCCUGUGUAGGCUGUGCUGAUCGGAUAGUUAAAGCACUUCAGAAGAAUAAGAACCUACACCUCUCCAUUGCAGUAGGUCGUCUAUUCAUGUGGGAGGAACCUGACAUACAAGCUGCCUUGAAGAAAAUGAAAACAGCUGGUUGUAAAUUGAGGAUCAUGAAACCUCAAGAUUUUGAGUAUGUCUGGCAAAACUUUGUAGAGCAGGAGGAGGAAGAAGAAGCAAAGAAGGCAUUUACACCCUGGGAAGACAUUCAAGAGAACUUCCAAUUUUAUGAUGAAAAGCUUGGUGAACUUUUGCACUGAGGGAAAAAAAAUGUGCCAACCCAUGGAGCAACAAGCAUGAUAUACUCUUAACAUUUGGGACUCUCAACUCAGUUUUCCAGGGCUGCUUUGAAACAGGAAACACCAGAAAUCUCUAGCUGACGCACUGCUAUGAUAGACUAAAAAUACAUUUAUUAUGGUGCAUGUAGGGAUUUGAUUUUUUUAAAUACAUAAACCUGCAGUGCUGUUAUUUACAUAGAACAACAAAGAACAGUUCUAUCACUUAUAAGUUUAGAAAAGUCCCAUUCAAAGAAACUUCAAAAAAUAAAUUUAACAAUUGUGCAUUUUUAACAUUUUUUUUAAUAUGCAAUGAAUAGUAGGAGAAAUCAAAGGGAAAUAUAAUAGGGAAAGAGAUUACUAAUUAUUUUAUUGACAGUGACCAUUCAUAAAAUAUUGGUUGAGGGAGGUAGAUAUAUUUUUGCACUUGUGAACUGAUUAGCAUAUAUUAUUAUUAAAAAGUUUGGUCUCUGUUAAUCAAUGAGAAGUUAUUUCCUAAUGAAUGCUGGAUCAAAUGCUUAUAAAAUGUAUUUAAAACAUUUUUAUUAUAAAUUUUGCAUGGAAAUAGUCAAAAAUUGUCCUCAUAUUCACACUAAAUUAUUUUAUCUAGCACUCAUUUGCUACUUUAGCAAUAUGUACUCUGUUAGAGAAACCACCUAAGCAAAUCUGAUCCAACAUUCUAUGAUGUGUAUGAACUUUUUCAUGGAAUGUUUAAAUAGCACCCCUAUACAUUUCAACAAUGGCCUGGGUGUACAGGAAUAAUUUUACAUGUGUAAUUGAUAUACUGAAGUAUUUCAAAAGCAUAAAUACUUAAAUCUCGUAUUUGAAAAAGCUCUUUUAUUUAUAUAUGUGAACAUCUGAUUUUUUAAACAUAACUUUCCACUUUAUUCUAAUCUCUUCCACAUGAUUGCCAAUCUAGAUCAAAAAAUUUCAGUUAUCGGUGUUUUUCUUAAAAUAUCAUCUUCCAAUUGCUAA